GCCCCUCAAACCUGGAGCAGGAACCUCUAGGCUUACAUGGCCUCACAUGAACAAUAAAGUCUUCUUGCCCUUCAAAGGUUUAUUUUAGCAUAAGCUUUUGUGGACCAGCUUCAGGAAAUGCAUGGAGUAUAUCAUCCCCUGAUGAAGUGAGCUCUUGCCCCCAUUUAAACCUGGCACCACGAUAAAUCUUUGAGACUUUGUGGAGGGCCACCAAAGCUAUAUAUUUAUAUUUUAUAUCUAUAUUUAUUUUUGCUGUUGGAGAUUUGACCUCUGGAAUCUGUGUGAGUGAAGGAAGAGUUCUCUCUAAAGAAGAAAAACUGCUUGCUCCCGCUACGAGCAGCAAUCACCUCAGCCAUGUCGUCUCUGCCAGAGAGCAGUAACUUUUUUCUCUUUUGUUGUGACGUAGAUGCCCAAACCGCCCCAAAGGUGAGAGGGUUCCCUAGUUAAAGGCCACUGGCAGCUAUUGCGUUUUAACUUCUAUUAACAUGUGGGGCCGGCCCAAGAUUCUCUGUCCUAUUACAAGCAAUGAUCUGUCUUCAAGGAGGUAACAAUACCUAUGUUUUAAAAAUGAAAUCAAGUUACUGAUGCGGCAAGCAGUUCGAGGUGAGUUAAGACAGCAAAACGUCAGUGGUUUGAAUGACACUAAAUCUCUCUCUGUGGGACAGAUGGCAUUUGCUAACAGAUCCCCCCCCUCAAAAAAAAACCCCCACAUUGCCUGAGAAACUGCAGUAGGACCAAGUCUGUAUUUCAUAAAAUAAAUUCUUCACUGUGGGUGCCUACCCCAACCUGCCACCUCUGAUGACUCUCCCUGCCCCCCCCCUUUUUAAAAAGGCCGCUGAUUAAACAGCGCUGUCUGCUCAGCCCCCAGUUAGGGGUAUAAUCCUCAUGUCCAUUUUUCCUGUCCUUUACAUAGCUCUGCUCCUUUUUCUGUUCGUAAUCUUUCUUUACUCCCCCCCUUGCCUGACCACACUUGUUCUUUGACGUCGUCGAGUGACGGGGGCACUAAGCCACCAGAGUCUCCCCCUUUGCCGCCCGCCGUCUUCAGAUCCCCCUUCGCCUCCCGCCGAGACGCACCGUCCCCCCCUCCCUACGUGGGACGAAACAAGGGGCUUUGGGAGUUGCCCCGGAAAUGACUAACCAUGUGGAGGUCCCCAUGGCGGAUGGGCCCCACAUCAGCUUGGAAGAGCUGCCAAAACCUUGCCUGGAUAAAUACUGUGGGUGGCUGAUGCGAAACCUGCUGCUGACCCUCACCAUCGUUGGAGUGAUUUUGGGAUCUCUGUUUGGAAGUCUCCUGAGGUUGCUCCCACCUCUCGACAGCGACCUGAUCAUGCUGAUUUCUUUUCCCGGGGACAUCCUUAUGCGCAUGUUGAAAAUGCUGAUCUUGCCUCUUGUGAUAUCCAGUCUCAUUUCAGGUCUGGCCGGCCUCGAUGCCAAAUCCAGUGGGCGCAUGGGCACUCGCGCCAUGGUUUAUUACAUGUCCACCACUGUGGUGGCGGCCAUAUUGGGCGUCAUUCUGGUCUUGUCUAUCCACCCCGGCAACCCAAAACUCAAGAAAUCCCCCAUGGUGACGACUAGGAACGAGGAAGUCUCCAGUUUGGACGCUUUUCUGGACUUGAUCAGGAACCUGUUCCCCGAAAACCUGGUCCAAGCCUGUUUCCAGCAGAUCCAAACCGUCUCGACAAAGAUCCCUGUUCCCCCGGUUGUGGUUCGUAAGGAAAACGUGAGUCAGAUAGUCCAUGCCAGUGGGUCAGUGCUCAACACCACCAUCACGGAGGUCAACGUGGGUCCCAGCACCGUGACCCAGAAGCAGCUGGAGUUCAAGGCUGGAAUGAACGUCUUGGGUUUGAUUGGCUUCUUCAUUGCCUUUGGCAUUUGCAUGGGGAAGAUGGGUGAGCAGGCUAAGCCCAUGGCCGACUUCUUCAACAUCCUCAACGAGAUCAUCAUGAAGCUGGUCUCUAUGAUCAUGUGGUACUCUCCAUUUGGCAUCGCUUCCCUCAUCUGCGGCAAGAUUGCCGGUAUCAAAGACCUGGAGAUGGUGGCCCGGCAGCUGGGCAUGUACAUGGUGACGGUCAUUGUGGGGCUGGUCAUCCACGGUGCUAUGGUGCUGCCCCUCAUCUUCUUCGUCAUCACGCGCCAGAACCCCUUCCUUUUCUACGCUGGCAUCUUCCAGGCCUGGAUUACGGCUCUUGGCACAGCCUCCAGCGCCGGGACACUGCCUGUCACUUUCCGCUGCCUUGAGGAGAACUUGAAAAUCGACAAGCGGGUGACCCGCUUUGUGCUGCCCAUUGGGGCCACCAUAAACAUGGACGGCACCGCUCUCUACGAGGCUGUGGCAGCCAUCUUCAUUGCACAGAUGAACAGCAUACACUUAGAUGGCGGACAGAUCGCAACAGUCAGCCUAACAGCCACAUUGGCUAGUGUAGGGGCAGCCAGUAUACCCAGUGCGGGGCUGGUCACCAUGCUUUUAAUCCUGACAGCCGUGGGACUCCCGACCCAGGACAUCAGCCUCCUCAUUGCUGUGGACUGGCUACUGGACCGCAUGAGGACCUCCAUCAACGUGGUAGGCGACUCCUUUGGUGCCGGCAUCGUCCAUUUCCUCUCCCAGAAAGAGUUGGCGCUCAUUGACGGAAGGGGGGAGGAGCUUGAGAUAGACCCCACUACCCUUAAGCUGCAGGCUCUGGCCAAUCACCAGGAGGGCUCCAUCGGGUCUGGCUACACCGUCUUACCCAGCCAGGACGAGGAAGAGCUUCCAGAAAAAAUGGAUGCAGCGUCGCAGUAUAGUGAGAAGGAGGAGGAGGAGCCUGAUGAAGAGGAGGAAGAGAAGAAAAAGGAAGAAGAAUAAGCACCUUUUCCCCACUCACUUAACACACAAACACACACACACACACACUAGUAGAUGCUGCCAGCAUCAGCAACACAGAUGGGGGCGGGAGGAAUGGCAGGGGCCCCCAAACUGAUUUGAUUAUUAUCUUUAUGAAUAUUGUACCCAAUGGAAGGCUGGUCCAUUCAGGUGCGUGGGUCAACUGCCCCACCCACCUCAUUCUGCCUUCAGCCUGCCCCACCCCAACACCUGUCUUCCUGCUUAACAACCAGUCCAGGAGUAGCCAUGGCCUGUCCGUGUCCUCCUCUUUCUUCUCCCUGUUGCCCUUUGUAUAACUCAGCAGGAGAAGGACGGGGGACGGGGACAAAACUAGAAUUAGUUGGCUCCACCCACCAUUGGCUCUAUGGCGCCACCUACUGUUGGGCUCCCUGCCUUCCGCCCAACCAGUCCCAAGGAGCACUAGUUCCACAGUUCGUACCUGAGCCCGCUUUCUGCAGCAACCUCAGCUGUGAAUGAGAGAUACCUGGAUAACUUAAACAGCCACACACAGAGAGACACAGCUGCUGUAUCUACGCAUUGUCUUGUACGUGUGUGUGUACACAUAUACAUAGACUUGUAUAUUUUUUUGCACAUACCUUUUGUAGAUUGCUUGGGGGUGGGAAGAGGGGAUCUAUUUUUCUUACACAGCCACAUUCCACCCUUGAGAUUCUCGUAGGAUAUAGAAAUCUGCCUUAUACCAGGUCAGACUGUUUUGUCCAUCUAGCAGCAGCUCUCCAGAGUCUCCAGCAGAGAAAGGUCUUUCCCAUCACUUCCUACCUGUUCAUGUUAACUAGAGAGGUCAGGGACAGAGCUUUCCACCUUCUACACUCAAAGCAUGUGCUCUGCCACUGAGGUUUGCACCCCAAUUCCCUUCACAUGCAUCUAUCUAUUCAUUCACCUUCAGAGACCGAGCGUGUGAUUUGGAGCUUCUGGGCUCUGCCAUGAACCGAGGCAAGCCUUGUUGUUUCCCCUCUCCCAUCUGUAAAAUGGAAAUAAUAAUUCUGGGCCAAUUUUGCAGGAUCGUAUUGUGAGCUUUAUGCAGAGAACGUAAGUGAAGCGCUUUGAGCACUUUGGGGGGAAAUACUAUAUAAAUACUAAGUAUUAUUACUA